AUUUCGGGAAAAGAAAGAAUUUUCCUUAGCACCUUCGUCGGCAAUGGCUGCCAUUGUGUGGCCUAUAAAUAACACCACCAUCAUCCACAAACUUUUACCUUCAAAACUCCAUACCAUAUCAUACCCCUCUUCUCUUAUCUCUUACACUCUAAGUUUCUUCUCCCAUCUUCUAACAUCUUCAAACAUGGUGUCUGCCGCCGAACAGAUUAACUCUCCAACAUUAGCCAAAGCAAAUGAAGAUGAUCAUGUGGCCGCCCCGCCGUCUCCACAAGUUGCCGUUGCGAUCUGCUUGUUGCGUGAUAAAAGGAUUCUCAUGGGACGUCGACUUGUGUCCAUUGGAAACUCCAAAUAUUCUCUCCCAAGCGGACAUCUCGAAUUUGGAGAGAAUUUUGAAGAAUGUGCCAUAAGAGAAAUAAAAGAAGAGACAGGUUUAGACAUCGGGAAGAUCGAGUUUUUAAAAGUGACGAAUAAUUUGUUCAUGGAUCAACCAAAACCGGCUGAUUACGUGGUAGUGUUCGUACGAGCAGUACUGACGGAUCCCACACAAACACCACUCAAUCUCGAGCCUGAAAAAUGUGAUGGAUGGGAUUGGUAUGAAUGGGACAAUCUUCCUCAGCCCUUGUUUGGUCCUAUCAAGAAAAUGGUCAUGGAUGGCUUUAAUCCUUUCCCACAAUAAGCUAAGCUGCCCAUGAUUAGGUUCGGUCUAGCUCGCUGAGUUCCGGUCAGGUUAAAAUCAUAAAUAUAUCUUCGUACUUUAUUUCAGGAAAUGUAUUAUAGGGUAAUCUUGUUGCUCUUUAAAUCACUAAUGUUAGUAUUAAAAUGGAUGGAAGAAGGAAAAGGUAUCAUACUUACUAUGACAGUUUUUUCUUCCUUCCUUUCAAUUUGAAAUGUAUACACAACGGUCAAAAUAUGUCAUUUUUCUUGUAAUAUGUUCCCACUUUUAGAUUUUAUGUAAUAUCGAAGUGUUGCAAAUUUGAAGAAAUUGGUUCUCUUGUGUGAUUUUUGUUAGUAUAAAAGUUGGGGACAGCUAUUUUUUUUAU